CUGUCUUCCUGUCGUUCCCGUGUAAGUUAGCAUUUCUAACCCUAAUACUCUGCUAUCUCCUUACUCGGUCUGAUCUGCAUUUCUCUCAGAUUCUCACUCUUAGUUUACGGAACCCGACUCAGUGGAUUGAAAGGAAUUGAUCGAAUUAGAGAUGGCGAGCGCAGUAGAUGCUGCUGGAGAUCCAAUUCCUACAUCGGCGGUGCUAAUGUCCUCGUCAAAGCACAUUGCGAACAUGUGUCGAUCGGAGAAUGUGGCAUACCUCCAGUGCAAAAGGAAGGAUCCGAACCCGGAGAAAUGCCUCGACAAAGGCCAACAAGUCACUCGCUGCGUCCUCUCUCUGCUUAAAGAUCUUCAUCAAAGGUGCACGAAAGAUAUGGAUGCUUACGUCGGUUGCAUGUACUACAAUACGAAUGAGUUCGAUUUAUGUCGCAAAGAGCAGGAAGCAUUUGAGAAAGCAUGUCCCUUGGAAUGAUUUCCUUCAUAUAUGCAAACUGAUUCCAAUAAAUUAUUCUUGUUUGCAAAUGAGCAAGUACUGUUGUUAUUGCCUACCUUCUCUGAGUUAACCUUGUUUUCUUCAUAACAAUGCACUCUUUUGUGUAUUCUUCGGAUUGCGAACCCGAUACAUUCUUGCAAACAGAAGAUGAACCAAUCUUUUUGGCAGCCC